AAAUGCAUCCUUUUUCACCUUUGUAUCACAGCAGGUGGCGGUUGAAGCAUCACCGGCUGUAGCAAGUUCUUGACAGUUCUGUAGCAGAGUUAAUUGAAGCAUCACAGCCUGUAGCAAGUUCUUGACACUUUGAUAUGGAGGCACUUCCUCCUACCUUGACAUCUGCUUGUGAGCAGCCACUUCUGUACGAUGGCACAACCAGAUUGUACAUGUCGUACGUUUGCCCUUAUGCGCAACGGGCAUGGAUCACAAGGAAUUACAAGGGUUUGCAGGAGGAGAUCAAGCUAGUCCCCAUGGACCUGGCAGAUAAGCCUGCAUGGUACAAGAAGGUUUACCCCAAGUACCAGGUGCCAGCCAUGGAGCACAACAAGAAGAUCAUAGGAGAGAGCUUGGAUCUGAUCAGGUACAUAGAUAGCAACUUCGACGGCCCUAAACUGAUCACCAAUAUGAGAUCCUCAAAACAAAGGUUUGCAGUAGAACUUUUGGGAUAUUCAGAUGCUUUCAACAGGGCAUUGCUCGACGGACUGAGAUCCAAGGGGCCCGUGACUGCUGAAGCUGUUGCUGCUUUGGACAAAAUAGACAGCUCCCUGUCAAAAUUUGAUGAUGGUCCUUUCUUCCUAGGCCAAUUCAGUCUGGUGGACAUUGCAUAUGUACCAUUCAUCGACGGAUUUCAGAUGUUUUUUGCUGGCAUAAAGAAUUAUGAUAUCACAAGAGGGAGAGUUCAUAUGCAGACAUUCACUGAGGAACUGAACAAGAUUGACGCGUAUACACAGAUGAAGCAGGACCCUCAAAUGCUGCUUGCUCUCACAAAGAAGUUUGGGGUAUGAAUUAACUUUUAUACGGCCAUCUUGAUCCGAGACACUACCUGCAUGUGUUGUCGAUAUAAGGUUUCCACCUCGGUGUUCUGAUAAACGGUUGAAUAAUGAUGAAACGAAGCACCGAAACGAUGAGAUCAAUAGCUUGUCUGUUGAGUGAUGUCGAUAUGUUUUGUUCUCCAGAAUGCAAAGUUACAAACACUUAUAAUAUUUUACU